CGAAAAUCGAAGAAACUCUCGCCGGGCACUCCUAAAGUUGAUCGUACCUGGCCGCUCUCCGAUUCUCUUCGGCUAGCAGCUUUGUUUGGAGGAACUCUGUUUUGGCUGGACCGUUAUUUGAAGAGUAGCAAACAUGGAGACGCUAGUGGCUAAUUCUCAUUUUGAGGCUCCUACAUUUCAACCAGACCCUCCUUUUGAUUCCGAUGACGAGCUGUGGGAUCCACAUGCGUGGGAACCCAGUGCCUUUGGACUUCGACCCAAUCUUCCUUUCACUCUCGAUGAACUGUUGCAUCAUCUCGAGACUCUUGGAAUCGAAAUCGAGCUUCCUUUUGACCUCGACAAGCUCGAGGCCCAAGGACUGCUGCCCAGGAAGAUCCCUUCUGACCCUGAUGCUGCGUCAGAUGUCGUGUUGUAUGCCAAUCCCGUCACAGCCGACCGUAAGGGUGAUGAGCAUGCCUUACUCUGCCCACCGGGCCUUUUUGAGGGGAUCCCGCACGUGUUUGAUGGUUUAGCUGUGUAUGAUGGUGGUGAUCUGUCUGAUGAUGAAGAAGCUGAUGAAGUAGAAGAUGGGGAUGAUGCUGUAGAAUAUUGGGGUGCUUUGGAUACUGAUGAAGAAGAAGAAGGUGGGGAUGAUUUGGAUCAUGUGGUAAACGGUAGUGGUGUAUGGUUGAGGCGUAGUUGGACCACCCUAGCUAGCUUGUUUCGAUGUUUGCCGCAUUGAAGUCUCUUUAAGCGUUUCUUUAGGUGAUCGAACAUGUUCAUAACUUGUUAAACACCUUGUUAAACAUGGUUUGCUCUGUUCAACUUUCCCUCCCUGAUUUGUUAACUUGCCACCGUGUACCUUGCAACUGUUUCUUUCAUGCAUAUGCUAGAAGAAGGCUAUACUUGAU